GAUCCGGCAACAAUGGUGGGACUCUCGGAAGCGUCCCAGGGCGCGGAUAACUUUGACAUCUUCGACUGGUAUCCGCGUUAUCAGAACUGUCAGCGUUACUUUCUAGAUCACGCCCAGCACAGCGUCCCCGUUCAAGCGCUCUCUGCCUUUUUGAAUAUCCGUCUUCCCUUUCAGUGCCAGCCUCACCCCGUCAACUCGACCACGACCCCCAUGCCCACGCCCACGCCCACAGCCCCAUCCGCAGCAGCAGCAGCGGCGGCUGAUACAUCCGCGACAGCGUCGACAUCGACACCCUCAACACCACCCGCCCCAUCAUCAACCCCCUCCGUCUCACUGAUCCCCUACCUCCGUCGCCUCGUCGCAACCGGAAUGGACUUCCCGGGCGUCCUGCACGGCUUCUUCGGUGACGACUGGGGUGCAGGCAUCGGGCCGCUCCACGAACAAGAACGACGCAACUACCUCUUCGCCGCGAAGAGCGGGGGCUGGGCCGCGGUGAAAAACGACUACGAUAUGCCGCCGCUCGAGACGAUACCGUUUCUACGUCCGCUGCAGGGGCCGCUCGAUUCGGAGAUUGAAGCGGCCGAGAGGAGCUGGAGUGAAUGGUUGGCCAUGGAGGAUUGGAUGGUUGGGCCGAGAGCACCGGAUCUGUUGAAUGAUUCUUCGUCGUCUGGGCGGCCG